GUCCCGGGGCCGCCGUUUCCCUGCUGGAGAACGUGGGGGUGGCUGCGCGGGUGGGGCGAUGCCCGGCUCGCUGUGCCUGCGGCUUCUAUGAGCGGCCCCCCGCGGCCUGAGCCUCCCGCCGCCGGGUUGGAGGCGGGCGCACAGAGGACCCCCGGGGUCGGGUAGCGGAAGCCCCUCAGCAGAGCGGGAGGCACCUCCCAUAGGAUGCUACCGGCUGCCAGCAGGUCGGGGGCAUCGCGGGAGCUGGGGACUGUUUUCCCCGUGGCAGGGAGGCGCCUGGGACUCGGGUACCCAGCGGUGCCUCAGCAGAUGCGCCCCGCCCUCAGGCAGGCCCGAUCGGAGCAGCCCCCGUCAUGGGCUGGGGAGCCGGCGGGAGCUGCACCCCGCGCCCACCCAUCCGCCCGCGGCCGGCGCCCGAGCCCCGCGUACUCACGGUGGUCUUCCUCGGCCUCCUGCUGGACCUCCUGGCCUUCACCCUGCUCCUGCCUCUGCUGCCCGGGCUGCUGGAGAGCCACGGCCGUGCCCACGACCCUCUUUACGGUGUCUGGCAGCGCGGGGUGGACUGGUUUGCCGCAGCUAUCAGGAUGCCAGCAGAGAAGAGGUACAACAGCGUCUUGUUUGGAGUUCCUCUCCGCGCCACUCACAGGUGCCGCCUCUGACUGCCUCGGGAGGCGCCCAGUCAUGCUACUGUCCCUGGUAGGUCUGGCCACCUCAUAUGCCGUGUGGGCCACCUCCAGGAGCUUCGCAGCCUUCCUGGCCUCCAGGGUGAUUGGGGGCAUCAGCAAGGGGAACGUCAGCCUCUCCACGGCCAUCGUCGCUGACCUGGGCUCACCGCCCGCCCGCAGCAGAGGCAUGGCAGUCAUCGGAGUGGCCUUCUCGCUGGGCUUCACACUGGGCCCCAUGCUUGGUGCCUCCCUACCCAUGGACAUGGUGCCCUGGCUCGCCCUGAUCUUUGCCAUCUCAGAUCUGCUGUUCAUUCUCUGCUUCCUGCCCGAGACGCUGCCUCUGGAGAAGCGGGCCCCCAGGCAGGCCUCGCCAGUUCCGCGUCCUCUGCCUCAGGCACCCUCCAUGGCCCUGGGCUUCGGAGCGGCCACCGACCUGCUCAGCCCCCUGGCCCUGUUCCAGUUUUCUGCCACGGCCCACGGUCGGGACCCGCCCGCUGGAGACAGUCUCUGCGGCCUGCGCCGCCUGGGCCUGGCCUACUUCGUCUACCUGUUCCUGUUCUCGGGCCUGGAGUACACGCUGAGCUUCCUCACGCACCAGCGCUUCCAGUUCAGCAGCCUGCAGCAGGGGAAGAUGUUUUUCUUCAUCGGUCUCACCAUGGCCACCAUUCAGGGCAUCUACACCCGGCGCAUCGGCCCAGGCCGGGAAAUUGCAGCUGUGAAGCGGGCCAUCCUGCUGCUGGUCCCCGCCUUCCUCCUCGUUGGCUGGGGCCGCACACUGCCUGUGCUGGGCUUCGGGCUGCUGUUCUACUCCUUUGCUGCUGCUGUCGUAGUGCCCUGCCUGUCCUCCGUGGUCGCUGGCUAUGGCUCUCCCGGGCAGAAAGGCACAGUCAUGGGCACACUGCGGAGCCUGGGUGCCCUGGCCAGGGCCGUGGGGCCCAUGGUGGCUGCCUCAGUGUACUGGCUGGCAGGGGCCCGGGUCUGCUUCACUGUGUGCUCGGGGCUGUUCCUGCUCCCCUUCCUGCUCCUGAGGAAUCUGAGGCCUCCAGCACAGACUCCCAAGGCCGAGUAGCUGCCUGGCCCUGCCCCACCCCACCCCAGGCUGGGGGUGCUGAGGCAGGUAGUGGGGGGCCCUAGCCAGGACUGCUCCCCACUGCCUGCCUGGGGGCGCGAGAUGCUCCUCCAGCUCCCCAGGUGGGCAGCAGCCCUGCUGGGAGCAGGCCCAGUGACUCCAAAACCUCCCAGGCUUUCUGCUCGUGUGUUCCACUCCAUGUCAUGGGUCUCAGCCAGGCCUCUGAGUGACAAAAUAAAGCAGCUCUUUUAUACCAAG